CGCCGAGGCCACGCCCCUUCGGCCGGCUGUUUUCCACCGCGGUCGCGCUGUCGCGGGGCGGCGGGGUGGGUUCCUUCGGAUGCGACCUCCGUCCCGGUGGCUCGCAGCUGCUCUGCGACGCGACAGGCCCGGCGCGUGAGCGGCGAGGCGCGCGCCGGCGCCGGCCGCCUUCCCUCCCCCUCGCCACCUCCUCCGCCUCCCCCUCAGGAAACGACAGCUGCGCGGGGCUGGCGCCGCCUCCCGCCACCUACCACGUCCGCCCGGCCGUCGCCCGGCGCCCCAGCCCGGCCGCGGCGCUCCCCGCCUCUCCGCUAGCCCAGCCGGCGGCUCUGCCCGGUUGCCGCCCAGCAUGAACAUCAUGGAUUUCAACGUGAAGAAGCUGGCGGCCGACGCGGGCACUUUCCUCAGCCGGGCCGUGCAGUUCACAGAGGAAAAGCUUGGCCAAGCAGAGAAGACAGAACUGGAUGCUCACCUGGAAAAUCUCCUCAGCAAGGCGGAGUGCACCAAAGUGUGGACAGAGAAGAUAAUGAAGCAGACUGAGGUGCUGUUGCAGCCAAAUCCAAAUGCCAGGAUAGAAGAAUUUGUUUAUGAGAAACUGGACAGAAAAGCGCCAAGUCGUAUAAACAACCCAGAACUUUUGGGACAGUAUAUGAUUGAUGCAGGCACUGAGUUUGGCCCAGGGACAGCUUAUGGUAAUGCCCUUAUUAAAUGUGGAGAAACACAGAAGCGAAUUGGAACAGCUGACAGAGAGCUGAUUCAAACAUCAGCCUUAAAUUUCCUCACUCCUUUAAGAAACUUUAUAGAAGGGGAUUACAAGACAAUCGCAAAAGAAAGGAAGCUAUUACAGAAUAAGAGACUGGAUUUGGAUGCUGCAAAAACAAGACUAAAAAAGGCAAAAGCUGCAGAAACUAAAAGUUCACAACUAAACUCGGCCCGCCCUGAAGGAGAUAACAUUAUGGUAAAUUUCUCUUACAUGCUCAACUUCCUGCAUGUAAAAUGGCUGAAGAUUUGGGCAGAGGAAGUGACAAAAUCUGAACAGGAAUUAAGAAUAACUCAAAGUGAAUUUGAUCGUCAGGCAGAGAUUACCCGUCUUCUGCUGGAAGGAAUCAGCAGUACACACGCCCAUCAUCUCCGCUGUCUGAAUGACUUUGUAGAAGCCCAGAUGACUUACUAUGCACAAUGUUACCAGUACAUGUUAGACCUACAAAAACAACUGGGAAGUUUUCCAUCCAAUUAUGUUUCUAACAACAAUCAGACUUCUGGGACACCUGUGCCGUAUACUUUGUCAAAUACCAUUGGUCCUUCUGCUGUGGCUUCAACAGGUAGCCUGGUAAUCACCUGUCCUCCUAACCUCAGUGACCUUAAAGACUCCAGCAGCACCAGGAAGGCCAGGGUGCUGUACGAUUAUGACGCUGCCAACAGUACGGAGCUGUCACUCCUGGCAGACGAGGUAAUCACUGUGUUCAGUGUCGUUGGAAUGGACUCCGACUGGCUAAUGGGGGAGAGAGGAAAUCAGAAGGGCAAGGUGCCAAUUACCUACUUAGAGCUUCUCAAUUAAUUCAGGGAGACCAUGAGAGGUUGCCCAUCAUGACACCAUAUUUAUAUAAAUAACUCUAAAGCAGGUUUAAAUACUUUCAAUGUUAAAGUCACAAGAGACUGAAAAAGAAAAAUUACAAGCCAUCAGAAACUGGCUGUUUGCCAAUAAACCUGCAUGGUUAAUCCUUCAUUACAGAAUUUAUGUUAGCGAUUUCAUGACAAGAAUGUUUUCUUAAACAAUUCUCUUUCUACUGAGGUUUCACUAACAAACAAGUUCUACUUUUGAGUCCCAACUUAAAAACAAAAGGAUUCUUUUCUACUGAAUUUUUCAUUAACGGCGAGCUUUUUCUUUUAUGCAAAAUAAAUUUAUUGUGCAUGAUGCCAGUGACUCAUUUAUUAGGUACAAUAGCCAAAGAAUAAAAACCCCUUUUCACCUUGCUGCCCAGUAGAAAUCAGAUGGCUUAAGUGCUAGGCUUUAGUAGGGUCUCCUGGCUUUGGAGUUUGGGUUGGGUUGGGUUCAGUUUAUUGAUGUUUAAUACACUACUGGAUAGUUUCUUCUAAACCUGAGUCUUGAAAAGUAUUACCUUAUUUCAUAAUUUUGUUAAGGUUGUAGAACACCGGGGACAAAUUCAUUCACUAAGAAUAAUUUUAAGAUUAUUCAGUUGCUAAAAUUGGCUGCUUAAUCAGAACAUUGAGAAGAUACUACACUACAGUAACGGUUUGUUGUUGAGCAAGAAGUGUGUAAAACACAGGGUAGUGCAUCAGCAUUCCUUACAGGCCAAGUAGGCAUGCAGUGGGUGAAGUCCGUCCUCAUCAGGGUCUCCGGUUAUACUGUCGCUCCCUGGAGAUGACUAAUGACACAGUUGGAACUGGAGAAGUGCUGUAAGGGCUGUGCUAUCCAUAGCACAAGUUGCUAUACAUUGCCAGGUGAGGAAUUCUUUGGUUAGGUCUUCAGGUCUCAUUCAUUCAUCAUCCAUCCAUCCAUUCAAAGGACAUUUAUUGAGGACCAGGUACUUUGUUGAUCAACUAAGUAUACUUCUGUGAACAAGAUGUUCUUAAAGAAGACAAACAUUAACCUCUAAUAGGACUGAUGUUGUGAUGGAGGAAAUAGAAGCAUUGUGUUAGGAAUUACCUAGUUUGGAUCUGAGAAGUCAGAAGUUGACCAGGUAGAAGGAAAAGUUGUGUUGGGCCCAGAACCAAGAGAGCAUCAAUCCGUUCAGAGUAGCUUAACAAUGAGGUACAAAAGUGCAGUGUGUUUACUCAGAGACUCUGGGAUCGUAAACUCUUGAGCUCUGAAGUAGUAUUUAAAUAGCACUUUAGAGCAUCUAUUUGUGUUAAGAGUGCCUAAGAGCUUGGUAAACAUGGAGAAAUUUAGUUCUUGGUCCCAGCAUUAACACCCCUUUAUUUCUUUGCUGUCAGAUCAAUUCCUCUGCAGUUUCCUAGUUCUGUAAAGCUCUGACUCACACUUGUUACAUACUUAAGGAACUCCAAAAACAGCUUGGGAUGCUAGUGUUCUAGAGAAUCAAGUGAAUGCAGUUUUGUUGGUGGUGUUUUUCUCCCUCAGAAAGGAAGUCUCAUAGCCUAAAUGCCAUCUGUUAUAUUUGUCCAUAUUUAGUUUUUAAGGGACUGUAAAAGUGUGGGUGACUUAAAACAGCAGCUUGGUUCAUCAAAUUAAGUUUUAGGGAAUUAGAGCAGUACAGGGGAAAAUAUAAAUAUGGGCUGAAUUGAUUCUGUGUUUGUAUCCUCACAUAUUGGACUUCCUGGAAUUCAACUCAGAUUUAGAGCUGCCAUUUUUUUAUCAGUAAAAUGGGGAUAAGUAUGUCACCUGACAGGAGACUAGUCCACAGGUGUUACUUUGUGUUUUGUGCAUUUAGGCAAAGACCUGGCAUAUAGUAAACAUUUUGUAAGCACAGAUGCCCCUUUUCAUUCCCUGACACCAUGCAGUAUUCUGUUUCCAGCAAGAGUGCUGCUACUAAAGAUGGAUGCCCUUAGAUACAAGAGGAUUCACACUGUAAUAUUCACAGGAGCAAAGGCUACUUGUACCGUUGUCUAUUGUUUAGGCAUGUUCUUUUGUUUAAUAUUUUUGUUUUAAUGAGCUUUACUGUUUGGUUGGAUGUUUUGUUUAUUUGGUUUUGACUUAAAGUUAUGGGUUUAGUUUCCCCUCAGGUAAAGACCUAAGGAAAUUGUUAAGCAUAGAAGAAAACUCUUAGAAAGCCAAUUAAUUCAUGGUGCAAUUCACAGUUAUUUAAAUCAACCCUCAGCCCCUGAGCAUAAUUCAAUAGCACAGUAAUGAGUGGAAGUUGCGUAUAUUUGUGAAAUAAUAAACAAGGAGAUAUUUAUAGGCCCUCUACAAACUAAAAAAGAAGUAAAAUUUAGCCACCUUUGUCCUUAAAGUAAUCUAACUUACAAGGUUAUAGUUAAACAUUUUUUCAUGGUGCUAAUCAAAAAAAUUCACGUUGCAAGAGAUGAGGUUCUUAAAAUGAGAAUGUACCUCACACUGACAGACAAGGAAAAUAAGCCUAAGGCCAGCAUCCCCAGAUUGCUACAGCCCAUCCUCCCAAUCGGGUACCUUCCAAACAGGAGCAAAAGGAAGCCAGCAUUAGUUAGGAAGGAUGGUUCUGAGGUGAAGUAGCAGGGAGAAGGUGAGAGGAUCGGACAGACUUGCUUAUGCAGAGAGGUCUCAAGACAGCUGUGCUUUGUCACACACCAUUCCAACACCUGAAACUUUGAAAUGAAUUGUCUAGCUGCACAAGCCAGAGUGCAGAGCUGUGGAGGGGAGCAUGGCUGACAGGCAGGUGUGCUCCAAGCUCUCUGCUUCCCUGUGCACUUGUUGCACCAUAAAACUCUGAUGUUAAAAAAGUUCCACACCUGCCUUCCUCACUUUGUCCUAAUUGGAAUGUCGGCAAAGUACAAGACUUCAAACCAGCAGUCUCGGCACUGCUGGGAACUUGUUGAAAAUGCUAAUUGAUGCUUUCAAAUAUUCUACCUUAUUUAUACUUCUGUCUACACGGGCCUGUGGAUUAGUAGUAUUAAUCUCCCCUGUGGCAGCCUUUUAAAUAUUUUUUUUUCUAUUUUUCGGAGCUGGGGACCGAACCUAGGGCCUUGCGCUUGCUAGGCAAGCGCUCCACCACUGAGCUAAAUCCCCAACCCCCUUUUUAAUAUUUUAAGACAAAAACUUAAUUUUACUUUCGUUACUAUGUCCUAACUAUUAAUUGUAAUUAUGUUAUUUUUAUAAUUUAUUUAUUUAGCAUGUAACUGUCACUUUGGAAUGUAGCCUUUCUAAGAUAGAGACUAUAAUUCUGUUAAUCAUAAAUUACUCUUAGCACUCAGCUCUUAUAUAUGCUAAAUAAAUACUUGUUGGGUAAAAGGGAAAAAUGCUAAUACCCGUGUCUUCCCCCACAAAACCUACUGAGCCAAAUUCUGGAAGCAGGGCCCCUCAGUUGUACAGUAAGCCAUUUGCAUGGUCCUGCAGUAGUCAGUUGUGAGAGGCACUGCAGAGCUGACAGAGGUGGACAUUCACCCUCAGGCGCCUACAAUUUGACAACACUUGAACAUUUCCCCUUGCCUCUGUAAGCCUUACCACCACUGUAACUGGCUGAGGUUCUUUCAGACCAGUCUAAGAAGUGGGUAUGAAGGUAGAAGGAUACAUUUAGUGUCAGUAAGGAAAGUAUUGCUUAGAACAGCAGGACCUGGGUGACACAGGUCUCUGGGAAUGUGGCCCCAUCGUCUAAAGCAGUGAGUGGUUCUCAACCCCUUUCUCGCCUGAAACCAUCAGAAAACACAUAUUUACAUUAUGAUUCAUAACAGUAGCGAAAUAAGUUAUGAAGUAGCAAUGAAAAUAAUUUUAUGGUUGGGGUCACCACAACAUGAGGAACUGGAUUAGAGGCCACAGCACCAGGAAGGCUAAGAACCGCAGCUUAAACAAAGAUGAGCUCUAACCACCAUACUUCCACACAGUGCCUUUGAAUUGGGGUUUAGCCUCGAGACACCCUGAGAAGCCAGUGAGGCCAUAUUAGACUAAUGUAUGUACACCUCUGUACCUCAGUCCCUAAGCUCACUUCUACGGCAGUAGACUUUUUAAGAAUUAUUAAUACUUUUUUAUUAAUACAAGUCAUAAUAAACUGACAAAAAAAUUUUAGAGGUAAAAAUAAAAACAUGGCGACAGUUCCAUCGUCUAAGAAGUGCUGUCUGAGGUGUGGCCUCCAGAUUCUCUGUACACUUACAGAUUUUUUUUAAUGGGGAUCAAAUUAUACAUGCUGUUUUGUAACUUUUUCACUCAACAGUGCCAUGCCUAUCUUACUGUGUCAUAUGUAUUUCUACAUCUUUUUUAAUGGAUGCAUGAUAUUUCUUCAUAUGUGCCACAUUUUGUUAAACUACUGUUGAAUUUUUAGGUUUCCAGUUUUUCACUAAUAAACUGCUUUGAAGAACA